AUGGAAGCGCCGUCUUCCUUUUCAACCCCCAAGCGUAAACGUCCAUUACCUUUCGAGCCAACAAUCCCCAAUCUCAACCAGACCAGGGCCUUGACUGGCUUGACAGGGGAAUUCACCUUUGAGCUUGGCUUGUCCACAGAUACCGAGGACGGCAGUAAGAGUCCACAGACCACUGUGGCACACAGGCUACAGCAGCUCUUCCUCAAUGGCGGGGCCCUCGGCGGUACCUCUACCGGUGGGGUCUUUGGUGGAGGCAUUGCGACCGCACGAACAUCGACAUUGCAACCGUCUCGGUCGCAACCACAACAGCAGUACUUUGGCUACCCAUUUCCACGAAUUUCACGGUCGCAAGACAUGCAGGAAGUUGAGGAAGAUCGUGAGCGACCAGGCGGGCCCCGAAAGCGAGCCAAGCUCCACGAUCGAGACAUUGACAUGACGGGCAUUGCCGAAACCCCAAUGCGGCCUCCCGCUUCGACGAACAAUGGCGGGACAUUUGAAGCUGCCGGAACGGACUCGACUUCUUCCAUGCCACCGCCAUCAACUCCAGUCAAUCAACAAGCAGGCGCUGUCAUCACUCCAAGUGGCCCAUUUCCAAAGCGACGACUGGCGCCCAAGGGCGUUCGGUUCAACAUGGACCCCGCUGAAAAUCAACAGGCUGAAUUGGGAGACAACACGAUGGGUACAAGCGGCACAAUCAUCACCCAAACAACAAAGAACAAUGACAUCCAGAUACCAUCUUCCUCUCCCCUCUCAUCGAUUACCAAAGUGGUCGCCAUCCCCAGUUCUACACCAACCCAGAGACCCUUAGCGCCGAAGCCGGCCAACAUCAGCAUGGCUCCGCCGUCAUCAUCGUCAGCAGCGGCCGCAACAAAGAAGCCCCGGAAAUCAAAAUCACCACCCCUCCAACCUCAACCGGCCACAUCGACCUCGACAUCGUCCCCCCGCUCACCCACCGUAAUUGAUCCGAUCCGCGCCAGCCUCACCUGGCAAGAUUCCGAAAUCACCGUCUACGACCCGGACGACAGCGACGACGACGGUACCGGUAUCAACGGCAUCGGCUUCAAGCCCACUCCAGAGAUGGAACACGCGCGCAGGAUGAAGCGCAAGAAGCAGCUGGCUGAGUAUCGAAAACGCGAGAUGGGCGAGGCUCGCGCCAGGAGGAAAGAGCGAAGAGCGGGUGCUGACGGAUUGGGGGGAAGCGGUAAUGAAGGUGGUGGAGGCAGUAAUGGCGGACCCAAAAGCAAGGAUGCUAUGGCGACUGCUAAGGGCAAGCUGAAGGCUGAGAAGAGAAGGGUUAGAUUUUUGGAGACGGUGACGAAGACGGUCGUUGAGAUGCCACCGCCGACACCGGUCACGAUGAUGGAGGGUGUGAUGCAGAGUGAGACGGCAGCUGCGGCGGAGGGUCAGGGACCUAGUGGAGGGGAUGCUAGCGGGGGUGGUGAUACAAGCGUCUCUGGUAUGGCUGGCGCUGGCGCUGACCUUGCCAGGGUUGAGGCUUGACGGACGGGCCUUUUUCCUUGCUUGUGGCUCUUAAUUUGUCCGGCAAGCAAGUUAUGCAUGAUCAACUCAAUGGCUUACCUUUUUCAUUGGCAUGUUUGGCGUUUGGGUGUUGGAGGGACUGAAUCGGAUACGAUAAGACGCGAGCAACUGUGACGUGCUGGCGGAAGGGACCAUGGGAAAUUUCACUUGCGCAUGAAAUACGACGGGUUUGAAUGUAGGAUAUCGCAAGAGAAGGACAGACUCGCACAUGAGUCUUUACUAUGCUUUUUUUUUCCGCAGAGCUGGGGCGCCUCGAGGUUAGGUACUCCAGAGGCAUGCACUUUCUUUG